UUCAUAUUUUUUUUCUGUGUAGGUACACGAAUGAAAAAUUUUUGAUGCGUUUCGUCUGUAUUUUCAUAAAGUAAUUUUUUACGUGCAAUUGCAUGUUACAAUUUCGUUGAUAUGCAAUUUCAUUGGUAUUUUUGUUCGCUAUUCGUGUUUUUGAAGGUUUUAAUUUUCGUGUACUGUGAACGUGAACCUUUGUGUGUUUAUGGCCCAGAUGCUGUAGAAUUGAACAGGAGAUUUGUUAGAGAACAUAAUGAUUUGAGAAGAAAACAUGGUGCACCUCUAUUACACGUAAAUCUCGAUUUGGCCGAAGACUCAACGGAUUGGUCUCUCGAUUUAGCAGAAGAAAAUAUGCUGAAACGUAGCAAAUCAGAUGGCGUUUAUGGAGAAAACUUGUAUUGGUCUUCUGACUUACCCGAUAAGUUUAAUGUGAAUGAGAUAUCCCCAGUUCAAUCAUGGUACAGCCAAAGCACCAAAUACAAUGGAAAUUUCAAAAUUGAAACAAGAGACUUCACCCAGAUGAUAUGGGCAUCUACUAGUGAAGUAGGCUGUGGGGCUUGUUCAGGUUCUGGAGGAACUUAUGUCAUCUGUAGGUACGCUCCUGCUGGUAAUAUUAGAGGGAAAUUCAAACAGAAUGUGCUCCCGCCAGUCCCACCAGAUAUACUGGACCCAAAAGGUACGAGUGGUACACCGAAGGGUGUAACUCCUACAGGAAGUUCUGGAACUCCAAAUCCUAAUGAAGAUUCGAGUAUUUUAACACCUUUGCUGUAUGCAUUGUCCAUAGCUAUAGUGGUAUUUGCUUUAUCAACGGUGGUUAUUUUAUUAUUCAUAACUUGUUACUAUAGUCAACGUUUCUUUCAAAUAAAAUAGGUAAUCUUUUGACGUUAA